CGCGCGCAUACACGCUCGCGCUCUCUCUGUCACACACACCCCUCCCCUCUCAUCCUACCUCGCGCUCCUCUCCCCUACUCUCUUCCCCCCUCUACCAACCAACGAACAUGGCCGCUAAGUCGGACGGAGCGGCGGCGUGCGUGGCGGAGCUGGAGCGCGAGCGGGAGAGUCGCGAGGAUGUGGAGAACCGGGAGAGCGCGCGCGCGGGCCGCUCGCCGCUGCUGGACUGCUGCUGGGUGGUGUGCGCGCUGCUCGUCUUCUUCUCGGACGCCGCCACGGACCUGUGGCUGGCCGCCGAUUACUACGCGCGGCGGGACUACUGGUGGUUCGCUCUCACGCUCGUGUUCGUGGCCGUGCCCUCGGCCGUGGUGCAGGUGCUCAGCUUCAGGUGGUUCGUCUACGACUACACGGAGAUGGAGGAGACGGAGGACAGGCGCGAGGAGCAGGAGGCGACGGACGAAGGAGGCGACUGCCAUCUCGGCGGAGGGAGUAAAGGAGGCGCUGGAGGAGGAGGAGGAGGAGGAGGCGGCUCGGCGGCGCGCUCGACCAGCCGAACCCUGCGGUGCUGCAGGGCGUGCAUGUGGCUCUUCCAGUCCGUCGUACACAUCCUGCAGCUGGGCCAGGUCUGGAGGUAUGUCCACACGCUGUACCUGGGUAUGCAGAGCUGGUGGCACACUGAGCCGGUUCGCCGUCACUGCUACUGGCGCCUGAUGUUCGAGACGGCUGACAUCAACAUGCUGAGGCUGCUGGAGGCCUUCCUGAAGAGCGCACCCCAGCUAGUGCUGCAGCUCAGCAUCAUGAUCCACAGCAGACACAUACUGCCCCUGCAGGGUCUCUCUGCCUCUGCCUCUCUGGUCUCCUUGGCCUGGAUGAUUGCCUCCUACCAGAAGGUCCUCCGCGACUCACGUGACGACAAGCUCCCAAUGUCCUACAAGGCGGUGAUUGUGCAGAUGCUGUGGCACUUGUUCACCAUUGGUGCGCGCACCAUCGCCUUCGCACUCUUCGCCUCCGUCUUCCAGCUCUACUUCGGCAUUUUCAUCGUGGCGCACUGGUGCGCCAUGACCUUCUGGAUCAUCCAGGGUGAGACGGACUUCUGCAUGUCCAAGUGGGAGGAGAUCAUCUACAACAUGGUGGUAGGCAUCAUCUACAUCUUCUGCUGGUUUAACGUCAAGGAGGGCCCGGCGCGAUUCCGCCUCGGCGUCUACUACUGCGUGAUCCUGGUGGAGAAUGCAGCACUCACGGGGGCCUGGUACGUCUACCGGGGGCCACACACCUCAGACUUCUAUGCCCUCAUUAUCGUGUGUGUAGUGGUGUGCAGCUACGCCCUGGGAACCUUCUUCAUGUUCGUCUACUACUGUCUGCUCCAUCCAGAUGGCCCUAUCCUCGGGACCCAGUGGAGCUGUGUAGAGGAAGGGAUGGGGGUCAUAGGGUUAGGGGGUAUGGGCGAUCUCGGGACACCUCUACCCCAGCCGGACGUGGUCACCAGUCCACCAAGAACCCUACAGAGGACUACGGGUGGGGAGCGUGAGUCAGGGGUUGGGGACCGGGACAGUUGUCUGCCCGUGUUUCAGGUGAGGCCACCAAGUGUGCCUCCUGUACCUUCCCCCCGAACCCCCAAAACCGAGGGUCCGGUGAUACGCAUAGACCUUCCCAGGAAGAACUACCCUGCCUGGGACGCACACUUCAUCGACCGCAGGUUGAGGAAGACCAUCUUGGUGCUAGAAAACACAUCCCCAGUGACGCCACGGAUCCAGUACCGCAGCCUCAGCAACCCCAAAGAGGUGACAGAGUACGAGACUACUGUGUAGUGCAAUUCAGACCUCCCACUACCAGGGGGCUCCACUUGUGGCUCUCCAUCUCUUAAUGCAUCUUUUAAUGCGUAGAGACAAGACUGAGAGCAAGACAAGUGGGUAACACUGGGAGAUGGCAUCCCAGAAUGCAGUCGGUGCUAUUACGUUGGACCUGUGCAUGCAUGGGGCGCGGGACCUUGCUGUUGCCUGGCAACAAUCAGCUGUUGCGAGGGAGUCUCUGAUGGAGACAAGAGGAACACAAAUGAGGUUAGAGUUUAAAGGUCAACUGGUAAAGGACUGACCACUAAUGGAAGUGACAUUUGAGCAAAGACCAGUGCCACAACGCCAGCGCUAAGUACUGUUCUAAAAAGAGAAAUACUACGUCUGUGGAGGUUAUGGUGGUGAUGAAGAUGAUGGUUUUGACAAUGAUACAUGUUAAAAGCUAGAAGAAUUGACCAAUAAGCUUAAACCAGGACCUCCCUGAGAGCUAGACUGGUCUAAAUCUUUAUUGUUAUAGUGACUUGAAAACAGUACCAGUUGUGUAUUACUUUGCUUCUGUGAAUGGUGAGAGUAGCCAGUUAAAUCAUCCAUUUUCCUUAAACGAAUAAUUGAUUUAUUUAUUGAUCUAUUUAUUAGAUUUAUUUUUUAUUACUCUGUGGCCAUGAUACAGUUCUUCUUAUGGUAUAUCCAUGUAUACAUAUAAUCCUUUUGUUAUAUGUAUACGGUAUAUUGGAAUGGUGCCAGUGUGUUGGUAUGAAUGUUUUUGGGUUGUCUGUAUGUUCAGUUGGUCUUGAUCAUACUGCAUUGUUUAUCUGUAAGGAUAAAAGGCAGAAAAGUACAUACAAAGAAAAAAAAAAUCAAGCUAUGAUCAAAAUGUAGUUGGAAAAAAAAACGUUGU